AAAAAACUAUAAUCAUGCACUUAAAAACAACCUUUUGUCAACAAAAGAAUGGCACAAAUUUCCAUUGAUAAAGUAUUCAUUUUCAUGUUGUGAAGAAUACAACAUUCUACAUCAGAUGAGAUAUAUGUUAGAGAAAGCAUUAAAAAUAAGAAUAACAAAUCAUACCGCUCUUCAUUGCCAGAACCUCCGCCACCUAUUAUGAAUAAGCCCAAUGCUAAAAAGUUGUUAUCAGAUUCAAAGAUUGAAGAAGAUAAUUUUUCUUCACAUUUCAUUGAUGAACACCAAGCAAAGUUCACAUUGUCAAAGAGUUUUAAGUUUUAAUCUUGAUAGUUUAAAAAAGAUUGGUGGUGGAAAGCCAAGAGAACAUGUUUUUUUGAUCAUGAAAAGGUUAUUUUCGAAUCAGUUACAGUCCAAAUUAAAUCGAAAAGUAAAUGGGGAAAAGAUAAGCUUAGAAAAUCUAGUAAAUAUAUGGAGUGUUUUACGAGGUAUAGUUUUAAUAGUAUUUACAAAACUGAUAUCUGUAUUAAAAAGAUAUUCUUCGACUUUUUUGUGUCAUGCUAGAAUUUUUGUAUCCAUUAUACAAGUUCCUUUAGUUUUUUCAUAAAAAAAUUGUUGUUUGUUA